UCAGACGUGAGAGAAUCCGUAUGAAAAUGGAAGGGGGUGCAGCUUCUCCAAACUUCUUGGGGCAAAGUAAAGCUGGAUAUGUCCUAAGUAAUGUUGCCGAGGUCGUGGAGAGGAUUUUGACAUUUGUCCCGACUAAAAAUCUCUUCCGGAUAGCAAGUGUGUGCAGGCUAUGGAGGAAUUGUGCACGCAGAGUCCUGAGGACGCAGCAGAGACUGACCUGGCUCUCUGCCUCUGGCUCAUCCAUAUACGAUGAGCAUGUUUUGCUUAGAACUAUGGCAGAAGACUUGGAGAAGAUCUAUAUGCUGCCCCAGACAGCUCUCCUAAUGGUGGAUGGGGAAAACUUCAGUUGGCCUUUUAGUUACAGACACAAAAAGGCCAGGAAGUGUGAGUAUGAAGUAGAGUCAGAUCCUGUUGAGAAGCUGAGAUGCAUACUGCCUAGCACUUGUGAUGUAGUAGGCAUUGUCGCAUCAGGAAUUGUGGUGACCCCCAGUGGUUUACCCAGCAGCCCCCCAGAAGAGCACGAAGAUGGUGAAGCUGGCUUCAGUCUGCUUUUCCCUGCCAUGGAUGGGGUCACCAUCCGGCCUUUUCACUUCUGCAAAAAGAGCCUCAGUGAAUCGUCAAUGGAGGAAGCAGGGUUGAUCAAUAAUCCUUAUCUAAAGGUGGUGCUGAUGUUUGACUAUGAGACCUGGAAAGCUGGAGGUGGGCGCUUUCUUAAAAAGCUACUGAAACCUCUUUCUCAAAAUAAUGUACUUAUUGUUGGAGGACAAGUUGAGAGGGCCUUUUCCAAUAACACAACCUGCUGUUCUCUAGGUUCUUUUGGUGCAGUUGGACUGACCUUCAGUGGCUCCAAGAUCCAGGGUGCCUCAGUGCUGGUGGACCAGGGCGUAAGCAGCCCGAAAGCAGCAGAGGCCACUAUUCAGCGGCUGAAGGCUGCUAAUAUCCCAGAGAGAAACACCAUGGGCUUCAUGUUUGCCUGUGUGGGCCGUGGCCACAACAGCUACAAUAACCAGCGUAACGUGGAGGCCAGCGCUUUCCGGAAGAUCUUCUCCAACAUUCCACUUCUGGGAUUCUUUGGCAAUGGGGAGAUUGGCUGCGACCGUAUUGUCAAAGAGAACUUUACAUUGAGCGAGACAGAUGCUGAUGGACUACAACACUCUUUUACUACAGUCAUGAGUCUUGUGCAUUUUGGCUAACACAAACUCAAAACUGAGACCGUUGUCACAGCAAAUGACUAGGAAUCCCCUUGUUAACUUGGUCUUUCAGGACAGAUGCCGGCUGCUUGUUUAAGUUAACAGAGCAGGUCCGAUGGUGAUCAGGUAUAAUACUCCUAGGUUCUUUCCUUUUGACUUGUUUUUUUUUUUUUUUUUUACUCUGUCAACCAUUCAGUUUUCUUGUGGGCUGUAUGGCUCUCUCAGGCCUUAUAUACAAAUAGUUUGUAAAAUUCAGGCACUUUUGAAAAAAAUUAAAAGGUAAUUGUGAAGGAAUGGCUAAUGAUGUGGCCUUUCAUCAACCUUGGUACAGCUUAUGGGACUUUGGUGGGAAUUCCACUAUCUUCACUUCUGAUCUUACAUGUCCAAUAGCAAGUGCUACAAAACUGCAGGAAGAGUAUUCACAAUGAAAGACAUAUCUGGCACAUAUCUAUAUACAGUAACAAUUGACUUGCUUGCAUCUUUUAGUGUCCAGAUUGGAAUAAUAAAGGACAGAAGCGGAAAAAGUGGAAUUUCUUUGUAAUAUAUCAGUGUAUUUACUCUGCCUGUCCCAAUCAAAAUCCAGUUUAAUUCCAACUGGGUAAUCCUCCAUUUCGAUAUUCAUCAGUUCAGUUGAGUUCUUAAAGGUUAAUCAUUUAUUCUGCUCACUAGCUAAAUAACACAUUUUGUUGAUCACAGAUAAGUGAAGUCUCAAAGGGCUAUUUGCCUGCAUUGUGGAGAUAUAUAUUUGCUGCAGUAUUUAGAAGGUUGAUUUAAACUGUUGUUGCCAAAUCUUUUUUUCCCAGCUUUGUUCAGAUCAUAUAUAUAUAAUACUUUGCUUUAAGGAAAGUAAGUUUUACUACUGUCACAUAUUUUUAUGGCAAUGUGUUGGUUUUUCUUCAUCUGAUGUUGGGUCGUGCAGAUAUCAGCCCAUGAGGUCUGCAUGUAUAUAAUAAAAUCAAUGGUGUCAUCUGUU